AUGGAGGUGGACCGUCAGGGUUUGCGCCUGCCGUUGCAGACGCGAUCGAAUCUUAGCCUCUUCAAAUCCUCGCAGGCCGACUCUUCGAAGACCCAGAAAUUACCCAAGGCCACAACUAGAGAUUCAAAAUUUAGAAAGUCACCGCUGGGUGGUCGAAGUGGCAAGAUUGGAGGAUCUAAAGUGCGCAUACCUGGUAUAACUAGUUCGAAACCUCUGGUACCGGCAGGCGAGAGGAGGUCUGGAGGCCAUGAUGGGAAUAAAGCGAAACGGGAUACCGAUGGCGACAAGUGGAAUAUAACCCCCGAUGGAGGUUCAGCUGGUCGGGAGGGAAGACAUUUUACUGUGGCCAACGUAGGUAAUGGCGGCAAAAUAUUUUUAAGGCCUACCAUACGACCAGCAAACCAAAGAUACCCGCAACCCAACUUCGUAUUCCCGGCCACGUCGCCAAGUACCACAAAUUUAGAUCCUUUACUUCAGACGAAAAAAGUACCCGAGGAAAAUAGCGAGCUGCUUAGUAGCCAAUGGACUCCUACACCUUUGUCUGGUUCUCCAUCGCCUGGAGUUGUAAGGAAGAAGACUUAUUUCGACUUGAAGGCACCGAAGAAUCGAAGCCGGCGUGCUAUGUCUGAUUCGACAAUUCAUGCCCCGAGCAUAGCACAGGAGGGCGAAGCGGGGGUUUUCAAGGUAAUCAUAUCGAAACCACAGGAUGGGUCGAGAUCGAAAACCGCCGAAGAUUUAGGUCGAGAUCAGGGUUCGCUUCUACAAGUUUCUAUUCCCUCGUGGAAGUUAGGUACGCCGAGAUUUACGUUGAGAGGAACGCCUCUAAUUCGAGGCUCGUCUUACGCACCGACUGAGGACUUCCGUUCGAGCAAUGCGUCAUUCUUUCGACCAUCAGUGCGUGAUCUAAAUUCGCUCCAUCCUGAUUCCAUAGAGAGCAUAAGGCAAAGGGCGAGUUCUACGCCACACCUUCAACUACCAUCGCCAGGUUUACUUAGUCCUGCCACCAUCACCGCACCGCGAUAUCCUCACCCUCCGGUGCGGUCGACGUAUCUUUCCACACACUUUGUCAUCGAACCCUCCAUGUUUGACUCACUUACUUUUAAACCAGCUUGCGAUGAUCGUUCGAUUGUUCGCUAUUCGUCUACUACAGGCGCCGUAACGGCUGCCACGCCUCCACGUCUGGUCGCUGAAAUCACAUCUCCUAGUUUCCUUGACUAUGAACUAAUAUCAGACUUCUUCCUCACUUUCCGUGCGUUUAUCGAGACGAAGGAUCUGCUCCGGAUGUUGGUUUCUAGACUUCGAUGGGCCGUGUCCCGAGACGACGAGACGGGAAUGAUAGUUAGAGUGAGAACUUUUGUUGCUAUGAGGCACUGGAUCUUGAACUACUUUGUCGAUGACUUUGUUGUGGAUUAUCAUCUUCGCGUAAUGUUCUGCAACCUCAUAAACGACUUCGUCGAAGAACUUUCUCGGGAUGAGAAGGGACGGAAAGUCCAGUUGAAGAUCCUUGCGGAGCUAAAGAAAUGCUGGAGACGCGUAUGCACGCAAUUCUGGGAUGGUCCAGAAUUUGAUUCGUCAUUGGGCCCUGAUAUCCCUAUCGCGCCGGGUGGAAUCGCUGGUCAUCGAGAUCCUAGCUUGGACCCUAGCUUCUGGGAAACUGACUCCGAGGAUCCGCCUCAGAUAUACGAUCUCUCUCUUCCGGAGAAUGAUCCACACUCCGAAAACAGCUUCUACGCAGAUGUAUCUAAGGCAGGCCAUAUCGACUCAAUCCUACUCGGUGGAGUACGUCCGGAUACACCAGAAGAGGAACGGCCUGCUGAAUUACAAAGGAGACAGACGUCACCGAUUAGUAUUGCAAGCCUCGACGUAGUCUCCUGUUCAUUCCCAACUAAGGCAUUUCGGAUGGCCGACCCGAAUUCAAGUUCUACCCUCGCUGCCCACCCUGUCGAUCCUAGCUCAAUUUAUACCAAUGCGGAUCCUGUUGCCCCUACUCCACGUGCUCUGACAGGAAAGCGUGUUAGGCCCCAUACGUCUCAUAGGCGCAACAACAGCCUUACAGAUUCACUCCGAGAGCACGGCUCAGUUACCGAAAAGGUUGUUUACAAGAACGCGGAAUUCCUGCUUACUCUACCAUAUGCUGGUAGCCUUGUCCGAGGAAAUGUCUUGCCUCCCACGCAAGCUUUCGUCGAUGUGGAUCCCCCGAGUCCAUGGGGAACAGCACGCCAAACUACCGUCUUCCAACCUCACCCGACUGAAGGGUCAAAGGCAAAAGGCUCUGGUUCGGCGAUGUCAGCCCAAGGAAUGAGGAAAUUAAUUGGCGGUGUGCGGAGAGCGUUGAGUAUGAGGGGCCAGGGAGUUUUACCAACUCACGGAAAUCUCAUCGAUAUCGCACCUAUCGGACCUCGGGGUGCUACAACCAAUAGGAUUCCGGGAACAGCAGUUGUACCACAGGCACGAUCGCCACGUCCGAAUGGCCCUCGUGCGCCUAUGCGUAUUGAUGUCCUUGGCGCUACAAUUGCUGAAGACUUCAAGAAAGCUGUGCGGGAGGAUGCCAUUGUCGAAGAAGUAACCGAUGAUGGCCAUGUCGGCAACGCUAGUGAUCCUAUCGAAUAUUCGCCGGCUCAUCUAGACUCUUCAUUUGAGCUCAAGCGUACGAGCGACGGUGCAAUUACAGCAGGAAGCAAAUCUAUAGUUAUUGUAGAUGGAACGUUACCUGAGGAUUAUCCACCUAUGACUGGCGGCUUGACAACCUUGAACCCUUCUGUUGAAGCCUUUGCAGAGAGCAUGAUGAGAGCCGGUGGUGCUGAUCUGACACCACCAACUACGCCGCCUGGGCAUGCGGUGCAUGGUGGUACUCCGAGAAGGUCUUCCUACCUCCUAGGGCAGCAUGCUUUUCAGUCUUCAGCUUCCACCAGUCCCCUGCCCCCAUUCGUCCCAGAUAUGGACACACUAGGCCAGGGACGUUUUUCUGAGGAUGCCAAUACCAAUACCAAUACUCGUGCGUCAGUCAAGUUCGUUGCACGGUCAUCCGGCGGACCCCCAUUGAGCUACGUAAAUCGGCAUCGGCGCCAACAAUCAAGCCGAAGCUAUCGAUCAAGAGGAUCCAUUGCUCAUCGACGAUGGGCGUCUUUUCAGAGUGGCAUCGCAGCGCAGUCUACGAUCAGGAGUUUCGACGCUACAUCGUACUCGGAAGGCUCAGUAGCAUCUGAAGUUAUGCCCCCGCCACUAAGAGUUCUCCGGAGACGGCCAGGUGGUGACCUCAGAGGCGUAACUAACGUCCACGAUCUGGAUGCUCCCCUUCAUAGGUCGCGGUCAGUAGGCUCAUUGACAACUUAUUCGGAAUCCAUUAGGAGUUCUUACCUACGUAGCCCUAUCGGGGACUCGAGCGGAUAUGUUGAUGUUGUUAGUAGCGACUUUUCACAAAAGCGAGGAGAGGUCUUCUCCUUAGGAGCUAUGGCAGAACAGUCCACAAAGCAACCAGUAUCUCUAAUUACUACACACUCAUCGAAACCGAUUAUGCGACCCUCAUUCGAGGCGGAAGCCCAAAAGCUCGCGCAAAUCCCUGAUGAUGUGGAUGAUGAUGGAGGAGUUGAAUCAGCACUUCUAAAACUCGAGGGAAAAUACGAGAGAAAAAUCGCCAAGCUCUCGAUGGAACCAUCGAGGUUGCCUCCUGGUAACCUUAAGGAACUCAAAGAAAGAUCCCUUAGCACUCCCGAGGUAGAAUACGUCCAAGAAGAGAAGCGAAAGCAUCGUCAACAACAUAUUGGUGAGGAAGAAAACGCCGUCGUGUCGCCUUUGGAGGAGAAUUUUGAUAUCCCAUCCAAUGGGCAAUCAACACUUUCUCGAGCCUCCGAGGUAAUUUCGUUUCUGUCGGAAGAUUCGAGAGAGACUUAUAACUCGAUCCCGCUACUUGAUCGUGGAUUAACAGAUGACGGGCGUAGCAAAACGGCUACUCGUGAGUGGACAAAUCACUCAAUAUUAAUAGGCCCUGACACUCCGCAAGGAGAAGAAGAGGGAUCAAUAGCUGUCUCCUCGCAGCAUCCAUCCUAUGAGUUUGUACAGAAAACGGAAAGCAUUAAUAAAAUCAAGCCGGGAGCAACUGCCCCCGAAGAUCCCUCGUUCCUGGACGCGGAUAGCGACAAUGACUCGGAUCUGUCAUCUGAAAUGUCGGGUGAGAUGCCUGAUACGGAAGAUUACAUUUUUGGAGAACCACAUUCACCCAAGAGACCUAGUCCUAUAAAUACCGGACCGUCUCCUGAUACGGAGGGUGGAGUUACUUUUACGUCGAGAGACAAGCCCCCAUCUCCUCCCAUGACACUCACACAUGGCUCUCGGGGGUCGUCGGAUGUAGAGCAAGUCCCACAACUUCACGAGCAUCAGCUGUGGGCUCAGAAACCAUUACCGCCUACCCCUGAUACCACACCUACCACUGCAAUGUACCGCCACGGUUCCGAAUCGCCCAAGGAUCCAACCGGCACCGAAGAGGCGCUUCGUAACGCGCCUAGGUUAUCUAACGAGGGGAAGCAAAAGAACACAGCACAUCUGCCCUUUAUCCUCGCCUUCGACUCUGAAAUUCUCGCCCAGCAGUUUACCUUAAUCGAGAAGGACGCAUUGAACGAAGUCGAUUGGAGAGAGUUAAUUGACAUGCGCUGGAAAAACUCUAACAAUGACUCGCGGUCAUGGGUUGACUUUCUUCGGAACACAGAUGCCCAUGGUGUUGAAGUUGUCGUUGCGCGGUUUAAUAUCAUGGUCAAGUGGGUAGUCUCGGAAAUCGUACUGACCCAAAAUGUGGAAGAGAGAGCCCGUUGUAUCAUCAAGUUUCUUCAUAUCGCUGCUCAUUGUAGGAAGUAUCGCAACUUUGCUACAAUGAGCCAGAUUACUAUCGCAUUGACAUCGAAUGAAGUGGCAAGGCUCGCCAGGACUUGGGCUAUGGUUCCACCUACUGAUCUAAAGACUAUGAGAGACCUGGAGACGCUGGUUUCGCCAACAAGAAACUUCUACAAUAUACGAGCAGAGAUGGAGGGUCCUGGCGAUUCUGCCGAUAUGGGAUGCAUUCCUUUCGUUGGCAUCUAUAUCCACGACUUGCUUUAUAACUCACAACGGCCAUCCGAGAUUGCCAGCUCGCCGACUACAGCGCCUCUGGUCAAUUUUGAGCGCUGUCGUAUCGCUGCUUCGGUGGUGAAAACGUUACUUCGUCUACUUGAAGCUAGCACUCAUUACCAGUUUCAGCCCAUCGAGGGUAUUACCGAGCGAUGUCUCUGGAUGAGCGCUCUGAGUGACGAGGACAUCAGAAAGCAUUCAGCGAGCCUCGAAUAG